ACCAGGGGCGGACUGACCAUUUGGAAACUCAGGCACUGCCCAAGGGCCUGGGGUCACUAGGGGGCCCCAUGAGAUGCCCCCGUACCUUUUUCAUAGGCUUUUUUUUCCAGUUUGGGCAAGGACACAGGGGCCUCAUGAUCCCCUAUUGCCCGGGGGCCCCCAUGAGUUGUCAGUCCGCCCCUGCUAAUGACCCUAGUACUGCAAGCCUAAUUCCUGGAUGGACUACUCAGAAUACGCAUAUUCGACUGGUUUCAAUGAAUAUCCAGUAAAAAGGAAAUGGCUUCGUUCUCGUUGGUCUUUCUUGGCCAUGAGGUUCUGGUAAAAGGUGGCCAGACAUGGCCAAGGAGACAU